AUGGCCACGAAUCCCACACCCGCGAAGUGCAGCAGGACGUCGCCCAUCCAGGUGUCGUUCACGCUGCCCAGCACCCAGCAGCCGGACGAUAGUGCGGCCGCCAGCGACGACCUCGAGCGGCAGAAGCUCCAACUGGAGCGAGAGCGUCUCCAAAUGGAGAGGGAGAAGCUCCAAAUGCAGAAAGAGAAGCACCAGAUGACUGCGCAAGACCAAACUGCAGAAACGGUAGGCCGAGACGGCGCUGGCCAAAGCUACGAUGGCGGCGACCAAGAUCGGGACGUACAGGCAGCUGAUGAAAAGCGGCGUGUCUAG